UAACUAACGUCUUUUCAUAAAAAGGUUCGAGAACGAAGCGACACAAUGAUACAAAUUUUAGUCCUAUCAAGCCUCGUGGCUAUCUCUUUUGCGCGGCCUUAUUACGGGGAGGAUAGACAUGGGCUACCUGUCCCAAGUCAUUGUCCUCACGGCAAGGAAUGGAUAAAUGGAAUAUGCAAAGACAUUUGGCUUGAUGGUGUCACACCUCCAUCAAUAUUGUGGGAUAAUCAAAAUACCGGCUUUGACAACAUAAUUGACAACAUAAACUCACCUCCCCGCUGCCCUCAUGGUCAUGUUCAUAUUCAUGGAAAAUGUCGAAUUUUGCAUGAAGCCGGCAAGCUGGCGAAUGCACACAUCGUUAAAGGUCUAUUGGAAAAUGUUAUGGAUGAACAUGGGCGUAAAGUACAUUAUUCACCAAAGAACAUUGUAAACUUACCUCGCCACAGUCUAAUUGGAUACCAAGAGAAAGGCCCUGGAAAUUGUUUACGCAUUAAACGACGCAACAGAAUGCUACUAGUUUUCAUUCUAUCAAGUGUCGUGGCUGUCUCGUUUGCACGGCCGAAUUACGGAGAGUCUAGAAAUAUAAUAACUGUGCCACCUAAUUGUCCUUCUGGCCAGGAAUGGAUAAAUGGAAUGUGCAGAGACGUAUGGCGUAGUGGUGUGACUCCUCCAUCAAUGUUAUGGGAUAAUCAAGACUUAGGCAACGUCAUCACCGUACCUCCCAAUUGCCCACCUGGUCAAGAAUAUAUUAACGGACAAUGUCGAGAUGUUUGGCGUAACGGCGGCAGUCUGGCGAAUUCGAAUCUCUUCAAUGCUUUAUUAAAAAAGUGGAGUGAACAUGUUCGAAAAGCCCAACAAUCAUACGGUAGUGGAUCAACAAGGAACAUUAUAAACGUUCCUAAUCAAUGUCCAAUUGGUUUCCUACCGGACGCCUUGGGAAAUUGUCGCCCUAUUCUCUAAAAUAAAUUUUAGGUGGAUGUUUCAUUUAUUUUGAUUUUGAUGAUUAAAAAUAACGAUAUGUACAUAA